GACUCUCAAACUCCCUUCAGUGCCAUUCUCACCGUUCGACUGCAUACAUGUGACGAUGGUGGCUGUUCUCGUAACGAAAGAAGCCCUGUCUCUACCAUACAGCCUGUGCGAAGCUUAAAUCAUUCGGCGAUGCAAUCGUGGCUCGUACAGUUGCGAACUGGUGCCGAAUCGAGCACAGACACGCCGCGCCUUUUUCUUCUCGCUCGAACCGCUCGACCCGCCGCGUACGUAAAUAUACCCUUCCGGUACAAUGUUUCGAUAGUCUCACGGUGAGGUGCCGGUUCAUCGUGUUCACAUACGCCACUGGUAUCGAGAAAACGAAAUCGACGAAUCUCGAGAAUAUUGAUCGGUUCCCCAUGGAAUCGACCAGCUGGAUUUCUUCCUCGACGAGGGAAAUCCUUCUCCUCGGUGUUCGCGUUUUCUCUCGCCUGCAGAAGAUACCAUGUCUAGCGAUACACUAAGGAAAUAUUGCACAACUUUACAAGGAAAUUAUUAAUCCAUCGUUAGCAAGCAAUCAAACGAAAACCAGCCAGUUAACUGUUUACAAAGUUAAUACGUAUAUUUAAUAUAAUAAUCUCUUUUAAUUUGCAAUUUUAAUGACUGCUUGUUGUAUUUGUUUAAAAUAUGACCAGUCUUCGCACACAUAUAGUGCAGCUUUAUAUCACGCAUACAGUUUUACAAAAACUAGUGAACUUUAUCAUUAAAAUAGAAAGACACGUAGAACUAUAAUACAAUAUCAUCCAAUAGUUACGAAAGUAAUUAGUGUAAAAACAAUCAUUGAUUAGAUCCACGUGCACUGCCCGACUAAGGGUUCAAAUUUAACUAAAACGAUCAAUAGACUACUCCUUUUAUAAACCACGAAUAUUUGUACGAAAUUUAUACGCGAAACUAUCGUUUUGUAACAGCUACAAAUCUUUUUCUCGAUGACAUUUUCCAACGCUUUGUGUCGGGGACCAAUGUAUAGCAAAUUCUUCGCCUUGAGUGACAUCCGUCUGCACACGACGAAUAGAUAAAAUAAUAAAAAUACGUUACGAAAACUAUCGACUCGUGUUAAAUAUAGAUCGAUCAAAUGCAUCGUGAAAAAGAAGUGACGAAUGUUUAGAGUAAAAACGAAUGAGAGUUACAUAGUUCGCAUGAAAAUUCCUCGAUCCGUUGACACGGAUGCAAAAGAGAAAUACAAAAGUGCAUCGUUCUCUAAAAGCAUCAACGUUGAAGAAUGUAAUUCGCAUCGAGUCACGAGAAAUAGGGAGCCAAGGAAGCGUGCAUCUUCCGCUUGAAACUGCACACAGUGCGAGCUUACUGGAUAAAAAGGCAGGCAGAGGGAGAAAAGCAAAAUGCCAGGGGGAACUUCGACGCGAGAAAGCAGCGAGGCGAUCCGGAUGGAGCCUUUAGGUAGAACCUCGAGUUCGCGAAGUCCCGGGCAAAACGGAACCGCUAACACCACCACCGAGGUGCCGAUAAAUUCAGGAGACAGUAACACAGGAUUGCACAAACGUAGUAUUUAUGAGCACAAUGGAAUUGUGUGUUCUCAAAAAAGGGCUCUCUGCGUAGCUACCGUUGUUUUUGCGAUCCUUUUCUCCAUAUCACUCAUCAUUGCCUUCGCGGGACCACAAAAUGACUGCCCUUGUGCUGGAGAGAAGCCACCCAAUCUGGAAAUCGAAGACGAUGAAAAAAGUAGCGAGCCUCUUGCAACUAAUGGAGAGGUGUUUCCUUGGAAUAACGUGAGGCUACCUACGUUUGUGCAUCCUACUAGGUACAAUAUCACUAUCCAUCCAAAUCUUACCACCUUAGAAGUAAAAGGACAGGUCACAAUCGAAUUCUAUGUCGAUAAAGAGACCAACUAUAUCGUCUUCCAUAGUAAAAAUUUGACAAUAAAUGAGAAAAUGAUUCAGGACCGUAAAGGCCACAGAUUAAAAAUUGCAAAGUUACUGGAAUAUCCGAAACAUCAACAGUUGUAUUUAGAACUGGAAGAGAGUAAAUUUCGGAAGAGAGGGAAUUACACAGUACACUUAAGGUUUAUCUCGAAAUUGACGAGUGAACUCGAAGGAUUUUAUCUUAGCAGCUAUGUCACCCCAGAAGGAGAAAAGAGGUACCUCGCCACGACUCAUUUCGAACCUACGUAUGCACGCUCGGCAUUCCCAUGCUUUGACGAGCCACAAUUUAAGGCUAAAUUUAAGGUUUCGAUAUUUAGGGACAGAUUUCAUAUCGCGCUAUGCAAUAUGCCUGUGAUGAACACCGAGGAUGCUGGAUUUUACAUGGGCACCGGACUGCUUCGCGAUGAUUUUCAAGAAUCUGUAGAAAUGUCGACGUACCUGGUAGCUUUCGUGGUUUGUGACUUCAAACGAGUCUCUGAAUUGACUAAAAGGAAUAUUUCCGUGAGUGUUUAUGCAGCAGAGACGAUGCUUCCACAGGCAAAAUAUGCGGUAACUACAGCUGCUCGUACAAUGGAUUACUUUGAAUCUUUUUUCGGAGUACGUUAUCCAUUGCCUAAACAAGACUUAAUAGCUAUUCCUGACUUUGCCGCUGGUGCAAUGGAAAACUGGGGCCUAAUCACGUACCGAGAAACAUCAAUACUUUAUGAUCCACAAGAGACAUCAACCAAUGCUCACGAGUGGGUCGCUAUAGUUGUCGCUCAUGAAUUAGCUCAUCAAUGGUUUGGUAAUCUCGUCACUAUGAAAUGGUGGAACGAUUUAUGGUUAAACGAAGGAGCGGCCAGUUUCUUCGAAUACAAAGGAGUGAAUCAUAUCUCACCUGAGUGGAGCAUGAUGGAUCAGUUUAUUUUAGACAAAACUCAACCAGCGCUUGAUCUCGAUGCUUUGGCAAGCAGCCAUCCCAUAAGCGUGCCGGUUAAAGAUCCAAAUGAAAUCGAAGCUAUAUUCGAUGAUAUCAGUUAUAGUAAGGGCGCCUCCAUACUCAAUAUGCUUGAGGGGUUUCUGUGCGAGGAUGUUCUGAAAAGUGGAUUGAACGACUAUCUGAAUUCGCACGCGUAUGGAAAUGCGGACACGAACGACCUCUGGGCGGUCUUUACAAAACAUACAAAUAAUACUUUUGACGUAAAAGCUAUUAUGGAUACAUGGACCCAACAAAUGGGUUUUCCUCUGAUUACGAUCACACGUAAUGGGAAUACCAUCACAGCAACUCAGAAGAGAUUUCUAAUUUCGCCAAAAGAAAAUGAUACAGAACUGCAAGAAUCAAAAUCGCCCUUUGACUACAAGUGGUAUGUCCCGUUGAGCUACUACACAGACAAAGAACCGCGCAAGCUUCACAACAUAUGGAUGAAUUUAACCGAUGUAACGUUCGAAAUACCUGCCGACGUGGAAUACAUAAAAUGCAAUGUGAAUCAAAGUGGAUUUUACCGUGUAUCUUACCCGGAAGAGAUGUGGGCAUCAAUCAUCACUACAUUAUUGAAUAAUCACACCAAGUUUAGUCCAGCGGACCGUGCUAAUCUUAUUGAUGAUGCGUUUACGCUUUCCGAAACAGGCGAGUUGAACGCUACCGUACCUCUUGAAUUAUCUCUUUAUCUUUUGAAUGAGAGAGAUUAUGUGCCAUGGACUACUGCACUGGGAUAUUUACAUUCUUGGAAAGAUAGAUUAAGCGAAAGUCCCGGAUAUAAAAGAUAUAUCACAUUCUUGAAGCUUUUGUUAACUCCAGUUAUCAAAUACGUCGGUUGGACAGACGAGGGAUCACAUUUGAAAAAGUUAUUAAGGAUUGCAGUGCUUCAAUCAGCUGUAUCAGUAAAAUUGGACGAUGUUGUAAAACCAGCAAAAAACCUUUUCGAAGACUGGAUGUUAAGAGGCAAACGAAUUGCCCCAAAUAUACGAGACGUCGUAUACGUUGCAGGAAUCAAAUUUGGUAGUGAGAAAGAGUGGAAUCAUUGUUGGAAAAAUUAUCAAGAAACUCAGGUACCAAGCGAGAAACGAAUAAUGUUGCAAGCGUUAGGAGCGACGACAGAUUCUUGGUUGCUACAACGUUACCUUUUACGAUCGUUAGAUCGAGAUAUGGUGAGAUCACAAGACGUUGAAACUGUUAUAGCCUCUGUCGCUACCAAUCCCGAGGGUCAAUUCCUUGCAUGGCGUCAUCUCAAAGCUUACUGGCCUCAGAUACAUGUUUUAUUCGGAAAUGGAUCGCUGACCAUGGGUAGUCUUAUAUCUGUUGUAAUUUCUGACUUUUUCACGGAAUACGACUACCACGAGGUUUCGGAAUUCUUUAAGGAAGUCGAUGUCGGAAGUGGUCGGGGAGCAUUAGAACAAAGCCUAGAAACAAUCAAGUUCAAUAUACAUUGGGUAAAACAGAAUGCAGAUGUCGUUGAUCGAUGGCUCAUAAAUUAUUUGGACAGUCACACAAGUUAA